UUGUUUUCUUUUUUCCCUAUAAAACUUUCACUUUGACACUUUAAUAUAGUUUGCUUCUGCCAUUCUCUAAGUUUCAUCAAACAGUUUUUACUACUUCUUCAGUUGUCUCACUUAUCUCGACUAUAUUUUUCGAAUCCAUUCACAGUAUCCAAUAUUCCAAUCGGGUAUCGUUUCAGGAAAGAGACACUCACUGUGUUGUUAGAGUUGUUACAAUAUAUUUGCACUCUCGUUGUUCGGACACAUUCAACUGUAUUGAACUUUAUUAUAUAUAAUAUAUCAUUUAUAGAAUUUUACAUUUUCUUUUUGACAAAAUAUAGCAGAAAAAAGUUGACAAGAAGGAAACGAAACUAUUUUGUUUAGUUUUAUAAAUUUGCUUUUAAGGAUAAAAAAAAAAGGAGAGACAGAAAAUGACUGAAGAAAUAAUUGAAAAAUUGGAUGGAAUUGUACUUGAUGAUGAAAACAUGAAAAAAUUGUACAGAGAAAAAAUUCAGAGAUUUCCGAAUUUAAUGGAAGAAAGUUUUGAUUACAGCAAAGAUUGUUGGUUGUCUCUUUACAAAAAACUGGAAAAUUCAUUAAGUAAUGAUACUAUAUCUGGUUUAGAAGAAGAGAUUUGCCACAAGAAUGCCUUGGUGUUCAUUCUGUGGGAGCUAAAUAAACAAAUUGAAGCUGAAAGAUUAGCCAAUGAAGUCCGAGAAAAAAAUCCAGACAACCUCGUGGCAUUAACCAAUCUUGCAUUCAUUCAUCUGUAUAAUGAAAAUAUAAAUAAGUUAAAAGACAUUAUGGUUCAUCUUAACAAUCUUGAAAAAAGAGAAGAUUUCCAAAAGAUAGAAGCAGAAGGUAAAAUAAAUGUUGCUUAUUGUUUAAGUAGAAUAUCAUUCAAUGAUUAUGAGAGGGCUAUCGAACUUUACAAAGAGGCUUCCAAUGAUUGUCUAGUCAAGUAUUUAUGUCUAUUUGGUAUAGCUUUGUUACAGUAUCGUUGUUUAAGAAAGAUCUAUGAUGAAGAAAAAAAAGAAGAAAUUAUUAAAGAAGCAGUACAGUACUUAGAGGAAAUACGAUGUGCUUUUCCUCACCAUAUUGACAAGAACCUAAUGGGGAAAACGUUAGCAUUAUUAGCUUUGUUUAAAGUGAGACCUUCAGGGGAAACUAUUAAGGAUCAGGAAUUCAGUGAAAAAUAUGUUCAACGAGCUCUUCAUCAUUCCCCUGAUGACCGUUUUGUUUUGGAAAAGUGUGCUACAGUUUAUAAGACUUUAUAUAAGUUUGAUAAAGCAAAGGAAUUGUUUGAAAAAGCAAUUGAAAUAAAUGCAACAGCAUUUUCUCAUCAUCAUCUUGGAUUAACUUAUCAAAAAAUACAUAGUCCAGGAUUCACAUAUUUCACUGUAAGGAAGGAGUUUUCUCAGAAAGAAAAUACAGUUGGAAAACUUGUUAAAUAUCCUAAAACUAUUCCUCAUAUGGAAAGGAAUGAAUUCAUUGACAAAAUUGAAUAUCACUUUAAAAAAGCUCUUGAACUUUCUCCAGAAAACGGAGCUGCUCUCUAUGAUUUGAUUUUAUUAUAUAUGACUUUGAAAGAAUACAAAAAGGCCCAGGAGUAUUGCGAAAUAUUCAAAACAAAUAUUAAAAUGCAAGACGUUAGUUUUAAUAUUUUGUAUGGAAAGUUAUAUUUCAUACUAGCAAAAGAAGAAAAUGAUGAAGAGUUAAAAAGAGGAUUCAGUGAUGAUGGAACAGAUAGGUUCUUCCUUGCUAUUAAAUCUGCUAUAGAAUUUCUUCCUUUCCAGAAGAAGCUGAAAGACAUUUGGGGAAUAAAGGAUAUAAUGACUGAUGUGUAUAAGUAUGGGCAUACUGAAUAUAAUGAAUUACUGUUGGAAUUAAUUGAGUCAGUAGAGGAACUCCCUGAUGAUGAAGAACUUUAUAAUAAACUUCUCAUGGAUUGUGAUAAAAGUGAAUUAUCACAAAAGUUACGAAAACUCUGUAGAAAUAAGCAAUAUUUUAAAGCUUUUCUUUGUCUUAGGUUUUCAGAAGUUAAGCCCCAUGAAGUUGAUAUAAAGCUUAUUAAACAAAUUUAUGUAAAUUUAGGAAAGCAUUUCACAGAAACAGAGCCUGACUGUAGCAAAGAGUUCUUCAGAAAAUAUUAUGAUCUUUGUUUUGGAUUUGGCUCUGAAACCAAUGCUAAAACGGUGUCAGCAUGUUCAAAGAAUGACAUUGUAACUAAAUUUCUUUAUGAUAUCUAUAUUUUAACAUCCCCAAACUUUGAAGAACUGGCUGAAAACAUUGGAAUGAAUCUAGACAAAUACUUUGGGUUAAAAGUUACAUUUGGUAAUCGUGACUAUAUAUUGGGAAAAUAUAAAACUGUAAACCUUUGUACCAUAUUAGAAAACAGUUGCAAUAUUGGAAUUUUUUUAGAACAUUCAAAGACUAUAUCACCAGAGUUUUUAACCCACACUGAAUAUGCCAAACAAAUCAUGGAAGAUCGACAACCUAAAAUUGGUCAACUUUUUAUUAUCAAUAACCACGAAGAUAUAGAAAUUCCAAAACAUUUAGAAAGUUUUCCUCAAUUGAAAUGCCAAAGUGGACACAGAGAUGAUAUUGUGAAUAUUUUAAAUUUUCUUUGCAGUUUACCUUAGUUUGUUUUUUCAUUAUUGUGAAGAGCACUCUCUGAUGAAGUUGAACAUCAGUGACAUGGUGACAUGUCUCGAUAAUGUUAAUACUACUACAUUUUGAAAGAAUAAAGAACUGAAUGGCAUAUCUGACUCUUCUAAUAUCUUCACCAUUUUCCUGGUACACAACUCAGCCAACAAAGACUUUUAAUAGCACAGCUUUACAUGGACAUAGAAGAAAUUGAUGGAAUAACUGUUUCAGACGAAAUACAUAUAAACUCAGCAUCGGACCCCGAUUGCUUCCCAGCAAUUCUCCUAAAAAUAUGUAAAAAUCCCCCAACCAAAGUCCUUUAGUUUCUUUUCAAAAUCUUCUGGAAAACAUUAAAAUUCCCAUUAGCAAUAAAAGAGCUGUUGUAUGUUCUCGCCAUUAAUGAGGAAGCAGAAGAAACAUAAAACAUUAUAGGCAUUCAUCUUUGACUUCAUCUACCAGUUAAAUCACAGAAUUCAGCAUCAGACACAAAUUGAUACUGUUCCAAGAGUAAAAUAACUUGUGUAAAACACAAUAUAGAUUCUGUCCAAGCAAAAAAAUGCCCAUACAAAUACUGCAACAUUAGGAUUGAAUGUGAAAGCAGCUACUUUACCAAUCAAAAGUAGAAGGCAUGUAUUUGGACUUGACAAAGGCUUCUGAUAAAGAUGACCACACAGCAAUAGUCCAUGAAAUUUGUGACUACUAUAGAAGUCAGAAACUUGGUAAAUGGUUUUUUUAAUUUCCUCAUUGACAGAAAUCUUGUUUUUACUAAUGAUGCACCCUUACCUCAGUACCUUUCCAAUAUUUACAUAUCUGCAUUUAAUGAAUGGUUAACCAUUCUGCAGGUUACAAUUGAGGGGACUACUUUUUUUUCUUUUUGGGGACAUUGUUUGAAAUUUCUAUAUCAGGCUUAUCCUCAGUUGUCCACUGAGACAGCUUCAUGAGUUAUAUCAAGGGUAUUACGAUUGUGAAAGUAGUAAAAACCUCAAAGUUAUUAAAGACAAAAGAACUUAAAUGCCUAAAGAAAUUGUUAUACCAGAGUGAAAAAAUAGUGUUGGACUUGGGAGUUGUAAUGGAUUAAAAAAGACAUCCAGGUGUCUGAAAUGUGGGUGUUCUGUUAGAACAGACUAUACUGCAGCAGAUACCAUGAGAGAAACUCUUAUAUUGACUUUUGGUACAACAGGAGAGUUUCUUUCUUGCGAUCUACCACAGUAUUAAAACUGCCUCUGUCUCUAAUAUCUUCUUUCUAGUUCAGUCUCACCUUAUGCACUUUAGGUUAGUAUCUUCUUCUCACAUAGUUUUGUGCUAAUAUCUUUUAAGUGAAAUCUUAUUAAAACCAAAGAAAAUGCAUUUAUUUAAAUAGUUGAUUUGUUUGAUAGGGAUGUGUUUUUUGUCAAAGAGACAGCAUUGCCAUGUGAAAAUGUUCAAAAGGUGUUGAAUUUACCAAGAUUAGGAGUUUAAAAAUGUGCUAAAAAUGGUUUUGAUUUGGUAAACUAACUGUACCCUUUCAAUUUUUAGUAAUAAAACAUUUUAAUUAUCAAUAAAUUGGGGGUUUAUUUUCCACUUCAAAUAACGAAGGACUACACUGAUAUUAGUGUUCUCACUACAUGAAUAAAUGAAGUUUGUACGAAACGUAUGUACUGCUAUAACCUA